AUGGUGACAAUGACAUCUAUCAGUUUAGUGUCCAAGAGAACGAAGGUGAUGUCAAGAACAGUUAGUUUUGAGAACACCAAUUCAAGCAACACCAACAGAUCCGAUGGCCUAGAUACAUUGGUUUUUGAAAAAUCUGUAUGCUACAAGAAAAGGAAAGCAGGACAACUAAAGCUCGAUACUUCAACUUUGCUACCCAAGCUAGAAGGUUGUGUUUCUCCACAGACCCCACGCGAGCUUGAUGAAGCUGCAAUCAAGCUGCAGAAAUUUUACAAGAGUUACCGAACUAGACGAAACCUUGCAGAUUGUGCUGUUGUUGUCGAGGAGCUAUGGUGGAAGGCAUUAGACUUUGCUGCACUUAGGCGGAGCUCUGUCUCAUUCUUUGAAUCUGUUGAAUCAGAAACUGCAGUUUCCAGAUGGGCAAGGGCUAAGACUAGAGCUGCCAAGGUUGGGAAGGGUUUGUCCAAGGAUGAGAAGGCUCAGAAAUUAGCUUUAAGACAUUGGCUUGAGGCUAUUGAUCCACGGCAUCGAUAUGGACAUAAUCUGCACUUGUAUUAUGAUGUCUGGUUUAAUAGUGCGAGCUCUCAACCUUUCUUCUACUGGUUGGAUGUUGGAGAUGGUAAAGAAGAAAAUCUUGAGAAGUGUCCAAGAGCGGAUCUUCAACGCCAAUGCAUCAAGUACCUUGGACCGAAUGAGAGGGAAACAUAUGAAGUGAUAGUGGCAAGUGGGAAGCUUGUAUACAGACAAAGUGGCAGCCUUGUGACUACUACUGAGGGUUCCAAAUGGAUCUUUGUUCUCAGUGCAUCGAGGAUUAUGUAUGUCGCGGAGAAGAAGAAAGGCUAUUUCCAGCACUCUAGUUUUCUAUCCGGAGGUGCCACAAUUGCAGCGGGGAGAUUAGUUGCUUCUGAUGGGGUUCUUGAGGCUGUAUGGUGCUACAGUGGUCAUUAUCGCCCGACAGAAGAGCACUUUUUGGAGUUCAUUAGCUUCUUGGAGGAGCAACAGGUGGACUUGACAAAUGUCAAAAAACAUCCUAUAGAUGAUGAUAUUCCACCUUCAGAAUCUACCAGUAAAGAUAUGAGCACCCUUGAGGAUAUCCCAUCGGCAAACAUUGAGAAGAGUACUAAUGAAAAUGAGCGUGCCAUUGACGCUUCCAUAGUAAGUGAUGACAAUCAAGACAUUGUGGAAGCACCAAAAUUUGACUCGGGAAGGGGAUUGCCUUGCAAAUGGACUACAGGAGCUGGUCCUCGAAUCGGAUGUGUGAGAGACUACCCCACACGGCUGCAAUUUCAGGCACUUGAGCAAGUCAAUCUGUCACCAAGAAUCAAACCAGAACGCACUGCAAGCAAUAACACCCCAGUGCCUUCACCAAGACCUAGUCCCAAGUUCCACUUAUCACCUAGACUUGCAUAUAUGGGACUUCCUAGCCCCAGAAGAUUGCAUAAUUUAACUCCCUCCUUAGAUUAAACCCCACUGUGCAUAAGGGUACGUACAAAGGUUUAAAGGGACCGAUCGACUUACCUAGAAUAACUUCCUAGUUGGUUCUUUCUUGACCUAGAGGUCAUCUACCUAAUCACUGCACCUUUCCCACUACUUAAAAAAAAACAAAAACACUUUUCAGGGUUAGUUUGACCUAUUCCUUUGUAUCUAUUAUAUUAAUAACGUAUCAA